CUGGAGACGACAUGUUGUUUCAUCAACAUAUGUACAACAAAAUAUAUUCAGGUAGUGAAUUAUAUAAUCUACCUUUGACGAAUUAAUUAAAAGCGAAACCUGAAUAUGAAAACUAUAUAGCAAACCAAAACGCAAAAAGGAAAUUCUAGCGGUUUAUAAUUCCUUUUCCUAGUAAGAAAACAAAUACUCCCUCUAACAAAGUAGUAUAAAUAUAGGUCACUACAUCCCUUCACAGCAACAAUCAAACAAAGUAUCUCUCGAACAUCUCCAUAAGCUAUAGUCAAGAUUAGUUUCUGUACAAUGGCACCCGACAACAAUCCGUUCUCCAUGUCGACCAUGUUCAAUGCGUUACAACAAAUCCACCUCUCAAAUACGCGCUUAAAACGGCUCUUUAACCUAAUGACUAGUUGUGAAGGCGUGGGACAGUUUAAGGAUCUGAUCUCAACGUUUGACCAAAGCCAGCUUCAGAUGAUGGCGUCAUUGCUGACGUCAGACUCCGACUACUUCAUGGAGGUCGUCAGUAACAAGUACGGGUCGAGACGCGUGCAGAAGCUCCUCGGGAUAUCGGAUGACGUGGACGCGUUCUUCUACGGUGCUAUCCUGCAACGCUUCUUCGACAUCAUGACUGAUAAGUACGCAUCCUACGUGGCGAUUCGAGCUACGGUCGUUUUCGACCAGGUGAAGAAACAUGUGAUGUACAAGUACCUUCUCCACUACGCGCUCGACAUAGCGCGUAUACAAUACGGCUGCAUCGCGCUCAACGAGGUUUUAACCGACGCGGAUGAUCCUCUCUACAGAAACCGGUUACUAGACGUAGUCGCGCGCGACGCUCUCUUCCUAAGCAACGAUCUUUGGGGGAACUUUGUGGUCCAACACGUGCUUAAACUGUAUGACUUGCGUUGCACGUACCGCGUGGCGGUUAGUCUUCGUGGCCAUUGUGUUGAUCUGUCGUUUAAGAAGUACGGAAGCUACAUCGUGGAGAAGCUCUUGGAGGCUGAGGUGUCGAUGGGUAUGGUGGUUGUGGAGCUUUUGAAGUGCGAUGGAGAUAGGUUGAUGAGGCUGGCGAGGAGUGAGUUUGGGAAUUUCGUGGUGCUCACGGCACUGAGAGUCACGCAGGAGAUGAAUAGGGUUGAUUUGUUUAGGGAUCUGGUGCAGAAGCUGAUGCCUCUUCGCCACCUUUUGCUUAGGUCUCACGGAAACAAAAUUGCCAACGUCUUGGAGACAUGUUCUAUAGCUACUAGGUACUCAAAUUAAAAGUUCUCAUAUUGUUCUAUACUGAUGAAUUCUUGUUAAAAGAAGUUUGUCUUUGGUUUGAUCUUUUGUACAAGGAUCCAGAUUUAAUUCAAAGUAGACUUUUUUAUUCUUGAAAUCAAAAGUGAUGAAAGAUAACGAUUACAUGCAGUAAUUCUGACAUUUUUAUACAAUAUUCAGAACUAUUCUUGAUAAAUUUGUAGGAAAGACGGCCAUAAAUGAUAGAUAGUAAUAUUUAGAUUUUUUUUUAAAUGAUUUUGCUAUAACAAUUUGAUUUUGUAUAAAAUUAUGUUUAAAAAAAACCUUUAUUGUCUACAGAACUAAAAUGAAUUACAGUUUUGAAUAAGAAAACAAAUAAAGAGGUGGCCACACAACUUCUACCUCUGAUGCCCUUUCGCCACCUUUAGCGUCGGUCUCACGAAAGCAACAUUGCAACACAUAUUGGAUACAAGAUGCUCAAAUUAAAAGUUUUCGAAUGUUGUAUGGUUGAUUACUGAAUUCUGGUUUAAAGUAGAUUGUUAUUGAUUUUUUUGUACAAGGAUCCUGAUUUAAUUCAAACAGUGUGGCUCUUUUUGUACAACGAUUGCAGGCAGUAAUUCAAACAUUAUACAAUUUUCAGAACUAUUCAUGAUAAAUUUGUAGGAAAGACGGGCAUAAAUAUACUUCAACAGUAAUAUUUCAAUUUCUUUUUAUAUAUAUGUUUUUGCUAUAACAAUUUGUUUUUGUAUAAAAUUAUGUUUUAGAAAAAAAACUUUAUUUUCUGUAGAACUAAAUUGAAUUACAGUUUUGAAUAAGAAAUCAAAUAAGAAGACACAACUUCUACCUCUGUUACCAGUGGACUUACAUUUACAUGCAUCAACAAGGCAACCAAACAUAACAUCUUCAGCUCCUGCAAUAGAGAAAACAUAUUUAAUAUCGGUCAUCUAUACUAUGGAUAAAC